CGUUGUUUCUCUGUGUGUGCACGGGCACGAGCCGCCAGGCCUGAGGCCAGCCAGCCAGGCACGAUCAGCGAGAGCAGGAGACGAACGCGGUACGUUGGUGGCGAGGACGGUGAGAAAUUCGCGUGCUAUCUCGAGAAGAAGACACGAUGCGAACGCAUUAGCUGUGCGAGAGCACACGCAGUGGCAUUAGUGGCAACGGCGACGACGGCGGUGUGGCGGCGGCGGCGGCGGCGACAGCAACGGCAGUUUGUUGGAGCACGCUACCCGUUUAGUACCUGAAAUGACGACGAUCCUCGGUCACGGUCCGCCGACGUAAGAGUGAAAGAAGUGCCAUUUUGAGGAUCCGUAAGAAUGAUGCUAAUCAAAUAAUAGAACGAGGAACAAAUUACUCAGCUGGUACAAUAAAUAUUCGACGAGUAAUAUGGGGGCGUUUUUGGAUACUCCGAAGACAGAGAAGUGCAAUGAGCAUGGCACCGGCAAUGGCUUGCGGUACGGUGUUGCCAGUAUGCAAGGAUGGCGAAUGGAGAUGGAAGACGCUCAUCGAGCAAUUCCCUGCUUGGAUGGUGGUCUCUCAGAUUGGAGCUAUUUUGCAGUGUUCGAUGGCCAUGCAGGUGCAUUGGUGUCAGCACACAGUGCAGAACACUUACUAGAAUGUAUAAUGCAAACGCAGGAGUUUAAGGCCGAGGAUGUUAUCAAAGGGAUCCAUUCUGGAUUUCUCAGACUCGACGACGAGAUGAGGGAUUUGCCACAGAUGAGCGCAGGCACGGACAAGUCCGGCUCCACGGCAGUAUGUGCAUUUAUAUCGCCCAAAAAUAUUUAUAUCGCCAAUUGCGGCGAUUCCCGGGCGGUACUCUGCAGAUCUGGAUUACCAGUCUUCUCGACGCGGGAUCACAAACCCGUUUUACCCGCUGAAAAGGAGAGAAUUCAGAAUGCAGGUGGUAGCGUAAUGAUCCAAAGAGUUAACGGAUCUCUGGCGGUUUCUCGAGCAUUGGGUGAUUACGAGUACAAAAAUCUGAAAGAUCGAGGCCCUUGUGAGCAGUUAGUGUCGCCAGAACCAGAAAUAUUCAUGCUAGACAGGGACGAUGAACACGACGAGUUUCUAGUUUUAGCAUGUGAUGGCAUUUGGGAUGUAAUGAACAACGAAGAUUUAUGUAAUUUUAUACAUUCAAGGCUGCAGCUAACGGAUGAUUUAGAAGCAGUUACCAAUCUGGUUGUAGACACUUGUCUUUAUAAGGGUAGCAGAGAUAAUAUGAGUAUAGUCCUGGUAACGUUUCCGGCUGCACCAAAACCAAAUCCUGAAGCACAGAGGCAGGAGGCCGAGUUGGAAAUGGCUAUUGCAAGGAAAAUUAAAGAAAUAGUCGCCCAAGAGGAGGACAAGAGUGAAUUUGACUAUCUAAAAAUGCUGGAGCUUCUUAGAGGAAGCGAUCAAGAUUUUCCUUAUCUGCCUCCUGGUGGUGGUCUUCACGCUAAGCAACCAUUUAUCGAGAAAAUGUUUCGAGAAAUGUGUCCCAGCAAAGCGCAUUCUAAUUCACAGAGCAGUUAAUGUAUGCAAUUACGUAUACAAUUUCAUACAUGCGAAAUUGCAAUAGACUGGCCAAUCCAAAAGUGGUGAAAAUGAGAUAUCUAUCAUCAAGAGUCAUUAUGGAGUACUACAUGAGCAGAGACUGUGCAGAGUGGUAAUUGAUUAUUAAUGUCAGUUUCUUUUUUUAAAUCGUUACACUUACGCGUGAUAAAGAAACACGUACAAAGCAUUUUUUUCAACUAAAGGUAAAACGGAGAAAAAU